UGCUGGAGGAGCGCACAGAGAAGAAGCGUAGUCCGAUGGAGCGGCAGCAGCUCAACUCACACAUCUGAACGAACAUAGGCACACACCUACACACAGCCUCGGUUCAUCCACACACACAUUUAUUUACAAAGGAGUUGUGCAGAAAUCGAAGAGCCUUUAUUAAGAUAACCUCAAAAAACUAAAGACAGGAUGGAUGCUUCACAGCUGUUCUUUCUAUUGCUGUUCUACGGAUAUCUGCAAAAAGUGUUAUCGCUGCAGAUGUGUGACGUGGUGAACGAGAUUGAGCUGGAGAAAGAGCGCUGUGAGAAUAGCACCUUUGGGAACGUCACUUCAGGUUGUCAAGGCAUGUGGGAUAUCAUCGCCUGUUGGCCUUCAGCCAGAAUCGGAGAGGUGGUUACAAUAACCUGCCCCGAUUACUUCAGUUACUUCAGCGACGAGCACAAAGGUAACCUCUCAAAAACCUGCACAGCAGAUGGCUGGACUGAGAUGCAUCCCAUUGACAUCGCCAUGAACUGUGGAUACAAUCUCAACAGCACCAGCGAUGAUGGCAAGUUUUUCUGGCAAGUGAAGAUCGGCUACACCAUUGGCCACAGUGUUUCCCUCAUAUCUCUUACUACAGCUAUUGUGAUCCUCUGCAUCUUCAGGAAGCUCCACUGCACAAGGAACUACAUCCACAUGCAUCUGUUUGUCUCAUUCAUCCUGAAGGCCAUCGCUGUGUUCAUCAAGGAUGUCGUCCUCUACGAGGUUGGGGAGGUGGACAACUGCUCCUCGGGCUCUGUUGGCUGCAAAGUAGUGAUUGUGUUUUUCCAGUACUGCAUUAUGGCCAGUUUCUUCUGGCUGCUGGUGGAAGGCCUUUAUCUUCACGCGUUGUUGGCUGUCUCUUUCUUCUCUGAGAGGAAGUACUUCUGGGCUUACAUUCUGAUCGGCUGGGGAGGUCCGACAAUUUUCAUCACAGCUUGGAGCAUCACUAAAGCCUACUAUAACGAUGCGGGGUGCUGGGACAUAAUUGAAAAAACAGACGUUUUCUGGUGGAUCAUUAAAACUCCUAUUUUGGCAUCCAUCCUGGUAAACUUUAUUCUAUUCAUCUGCAUUAUACGAAUACUUCGUCAGAAAAUCAACUGCCCAGAUAUUGGAAGAAAUGAGUCCAAUCAGUAUUCGAGGCUGGCGAAAUCAACUCUGCUUUUGAUUCCUCUGUUUGGAAUCAAUUUUAUCGUGUUCGCAUUCAUCCCAGAACAGGUGAAGACUGAGCUACGGCUGGUUUUUGACUUGAUUCUGGGGUCAUUUCAGGGCUUUGUGGUUGCAGUUCUUUACUGCUUCCUCAAUGGAGAGGUCCAAGGAGAGAUCAAGAGGAAGUGGCGGAGGUGGCACCUGCAGAGAUACAUGGGCUCGGACACCAAAUACCAACAUCCGUCCAUCGGCAGCAGCAACAACUUCAGCACCCAGAUAACUAUGUUGACACGAUGCAGCCCAAAAACACGCCGCACUUCCUCCUCCUGUCACGACGACCUGUCUAGUAUAUGACUCUCACAAACGGUGAUACAGACAUACAAGCUGUACAAAAUACUCUCAUGCCACACAUUAGGCAGAAAAGGAAAUACGGACUCCCUCAUUAGCACAUGCACUCUUGGAGGAUGUGUUGCUAGAGUGUGAUGUAGACAAAAGAAAGUGAUGAGCAGAAAAUAUACAAGAAAAUAGUGUGAUAUAUUUGAAGCAUCUUUUAAUCUCCAUGCUUCUUGAAAAUUGGUUUUAAAGUGCUCAUGACAUGCUCAUUUUUAGGUUCAUGAAUGUAUUUGAGGUUGUAGGAAUAGGUUUACAUGGUUUAUAUUUUCAAAAAACACCAUAUUUUUGUUGUACUGCACAUUGCUGCAGCUUCUCUUUCCACCCUGUGUUUAACACUCUGUUUUAACUGCGUGAGUGAGGUAAUCUUUGUUGGGAGUGGCACAUGCACACAACCUAGGUAAGGACUACCAGCCAGUCAGAAGCAGAGUAUGGUGGCAUGCCACUCUAGCAGCUAUGCGAGCAUUAUAACGUGUUACAAAGUGACGCACUUUUGUCAAGGAAGCAGAGGCUUGACUACAAUAGAGCUGUUUGGAGCAGUUCAUGAACAGUGUUUUCUGUUGGAGAUAGUAAGUCUCUUUGAGGUGGACUUUGGGCUUUUUUUGCUUUCUAAACCUAUAGCUAAAAUGAUAUACAACACUGAAGUAAAAGGAGAAGCCAAACAGCAUAAUAUGAGCACUCUAAGUGACAAAGAUACAGCUUUUCUUCACUAGCACCACUUUGGCACAUUUAAAUGAGAACCAUUCACUAUUUUGUAUUUCAUAACUCAGUGCACUUGUAUGAGGAAAUUUGAGUCAUGAUUAUGGAUCACCUGGUCAAUCGUUAUUAAGUUUCCUGUGUGCUCAGACACCGGGCAAUGCAAAAUGUCACAUAUUAAUGGGGUUAGGUCAGGGAAUCUAAAUGUGAACCGCUUCAGCAGCCCCGCGAUCUGAUGUAAUUAUGCGCCGAUUAAAAAUCACUUAGUGGAUUCCUGCAGCUCCAAAUGAACAGGGCUGGUACUAAGACAGAGCUAUUAGAAGAAAAGGGGCUGACAUGUUUUAACCAAGAAAUCAUUGUUUUUUUUGUUAGUGUGUGCAGCAACAUCACAGGUAAGUAAAAGUACCAGGAAUACGUUAUGGGGCCGAGUUUGAAUAGUGAAUUAUAGUAAUUGAGUUUCAGUAGUGAUGGGUAAUAUGUUUUUAGGCAUAUUUGUAGGCAACCAAAAAAAAAAAACGGACCAUUUUGUGUUCCUUAUUGUGUUGGAAGAAAAUGGCUGAUAAACAGCAUGAACCGUUUUCCAUAAAUGCUACGGAUGAGGCUUCAGACCGGGUGACCGGUGUGAUGCGGAUUUACAACGAUGGGUUUGGAGUAUAAAUGCCCUUCU